UCCUCACUUUGGCGGCUCAAGGGCAAUCAAAAUGUUUGGAUGCAUUUUCAUAUAGGCUUUCAGACGCACUUUCUAAGCCGCGUAUGCAAUAGAGCAGGACGCUAAAUGCGUUUCCCCUCGGACUAAAUAAAAGAAAACUGGGAGAAAUCUGUGCAGAAGACGCCUGAUUUGCGAAACAAUAUACUUAGACACAUGUAUAGGAAACCGGUGACAGAAUAUCAACAUACGUCCUCGCUGGAAGAGACCCAUUUUCCUAUGUUCCCAAGAAAACGGGAUUUAAUAAUUGCUGCUGCGUUUUAACAGAUCUGCUACUCGAUGUAGCUGAGAGAAAAGAGAACGUUUUUAAUUAUAUUUUUUUUUGUCGGGAAAGUUUUCAGAAUGAAGAUUGAAGAAAUAAUACCUGGUCAUGGCAUUAACGUGGGUGUUCCAUGUCUCCUAAUGGACAUUUAAAAAUAAAUUUAAAUACGACGUUCACUCUGGAUGCAACGCUGUAAAAACAGGAGUUUCACAUCUGUAAGCAAACACGAGCACAGGAGAAUCAGGAUGAAAAGAUGGCAGCCAUGCUGUUACCACCGGGUCCUGACAGCUUGCGCCGGUUCACUCGCGAGUCCCUGGCCGACAUCGAGCGGCGGAUUGCCAAGGCGGAGGCCGGGGAACCCAAGGGGUCCCAGGAGGAUCUUGGAGACAAGGAACCAUGCAAGCCCAGGGCCGACUUUGAGGCCGGGACGCAACUGCCGCGGAUCUUCGGCGACAUUCCUUCCGGGCUCGUCGGCGUACCUCUGGAGGACAUUGACCCGUUUUACUACAAGAACCAGAGGACUUUUAUAGUACUGAACAAAGGGAAGGCGAUCUUCCGAUUUAAUGCUACAUCUGCACUGUACAUUCUUAGCCCCUUUAAUCCUAUCAGAAGAGCAUCGAUACAGGUUUUAGUACACUCUUUAUUCAGUUUGUUUAUCAUGUGCACUAUUUUGACCAACUGUUGCUUCAUGGCCAUGUCGGAACCCGCACAAUGGGCCAAAUAUGUCGAGUACACUUUCACUGGCAUUUACACUUUCGAAUCGCUGAUCAAAAUUCUGGCCAGAGGAUUCUGCAUUGGACCGUUCACCUUCCUCCGGGAUCCCUGGAACUGGCUGGAUUUCAGUGUAAUAGUCAUGGCAUACGUAACAGAGUUUGUGGACCUGGGCAACGUCUCGGCCUUGAGGACGUUCAGGGUAUUGCGAGCCCUGAAAACUAUCUCUGUCAUUCCAGGUCUGAAGACGAUCGUUGGGGCCCUGAUCCAGUCAGUAAAAAAGCUGGCCGACGUGAUGAUCCUCACUGUCUUCUGCCUGAGCGUCUUCGCGCUCAUCGGCCUGCAGCUCUUCAUGGGCAACCUGAAGCAGAAGUGCAUCCGUAACCCCGAGCCCUGCUAUAACAGCACGCUUGUCGGCAACAGCAGCUUCGUCUGCGACAACAGGACUUGGCCCUCCCUCAAGGACUUCUUCAACGACGAGGACAAUUACUACAAGCUGGAGGGAAGCAACGACGCUUUGAUAUGCGGGAAUGCCAGCGACGCUGGGAAGUGUCCCGACGGGUUCGUCUGCUUGAAGGCGGGAAGGAACCCUAAUUACGGAUACACCAGUUUCGACUCUUUUGGGUGGGCCUUCCUCUCGCUGUUCCGGCUCAUGACCCAAGACUUCUGGGAAAACCUGUAUCAGCAGACGCUCCGGGCAGCGGGGAAGACAUACAUGAUCUUCUUCGUGGUGGUGAUCUUCCUCGGUUCCUUCUACCUGGUGAACCUGAUCCUGGCCGUGGUGGCCAUGGCCUACGAGGAGCAGAACCAGGCGACCAUGGCGGAGGCUGCCGAGAAGGAGGAGCAGUAUCAGCUGGAGCUGGAGCGCAUCAGGAAGGCGCAACAGGGAAUGUCACAGAACUCUCCGGAUCGGGAACCUGCUGCUUCACCCGAAGAGCCCUCUUUGACCCUGGACGCCAAGGAGCGGAAGAAGUGGAAAAAGCCCCAGAUGACCUCAUCUGAGGAAGCAGACGGCAAUCUAGACGAGAAGACACAAAAGCCUGACUCCUUUGAGGGAUCUAAGCAUAUCCUGGCACAAGCCCUCUCGCCCCAAACCAAAAGAGGAAGCCAGGCCAGCAUCUUCACCUUCCGUCCUCGCGGCAAGGAUUCAGAGACCGACUUCCCUGGUUAUGAUUUCAACUCUCCCGGCAACAACGACAACCUGCCCUGGCGGAAGAGGAGGCCAAGCUGCCAGAGCGUGGACAGCCGCUGCUCCCAGGUGCUCAACGUCAACGGCAGGCUCGUCGUCAUCGUCGACCAGAAUGGGAUCUCCAACCUGGGGCCUCGGGCUUCUCUGCCGCUACCUGCCUGUGCCAUGGAGACCCUUGACGAGGAUCAUGUGCACAGCAGAGCUAACGACAUGAACGCCGUCCUCGAGGAGACCUCCAAGAGGGAGAGAGCGCUGAGUGCUAUCAGCUACCUCAGCGACAACGUGGAAGAACUAGAGGAGCCCCAUCGAAAGUGCCACCCCUGCUGGACCAAAUUUGCCAAGAAGUACCUAAUUUGGGAUUGCAGCCCCAUGUGGUUGAAGGUGAAAGCGUUCUUUAAAAUCCUGGUGAUGGACCCUUUCCUGGACCUGUUCAUCACGGUGUGCAUCGUCCUCAACACCCUCUUCAUGGCCCUGGAGCACUACCCGAUGACGGAUGAGUUCAACAACAUGCUCAGCGUCGGCAACCUCGUGUUCACUGGGAUCUUCACGGCUGAGAUGGUCUUCAAAAUUAUCGCCCUGGACCUUUACUACUACUUCCAGCAGGGCUGGAACAUCUUCGACGGCUUCAUUGUCACCCUCAGCCUGAUGGAGUUGGGACUCUCCAACGUGGAGGGACUCUCUGUGCUCCGUUCCUUCAGACUGUUGAGGGUCUUUAAGUUGGCGAAGUCUUGGCCUACGCUCAACGCCCUGAUCAAGAUCAUCGGCAACUCAGUGGGCGCCCUGGGGAACCUGACCCUGGUGCUGGCCAUCAUCGUCUUCAUCUUCGCUGUGGUGGGGAUGCAGCUGUUUGGGAAGAACUACCAGGACUGCGUCUGCAAGAUCUCCAGCGACUGCACACUGCCGAGAUGGCAUAUGAAGGACUUUUUCCACUCCUUCCUCAUCGUCUUCCGGGUGCUGUGCGGCGAGUGGAUUGAGACCAUGUGGGACUGCAUGGAGGUGGCCGGCCAACCCCUCUGCAUCCUCGUCUUCAUGCUGGUCAUGGUGAUCGGGAAUCUCGUGGUGCUGAACCUCUUCCUGGCCCUGCUGCUCAGCUCCUUCAGUGCCGACAACCUGUCGACCACGGAUGAGGAUGGAGAAAUGAACAACCUGCAGAUAGCCUUUGCCCGCCUCCACCGCGGCGCUGACUGGGUGCGGCGAGCCGUCUGCAGUCUAUUCGAGCAUAAACGGCGGAAGAGGAAGGAGGUCAAGGACGGGCUCAUGCUGAAGGGCAACGGUGUCCUGGGCCUCAUCAAUCACCGUGGAGACGGGCACAUUGUCGCCGAUGGCGACGGCUACACAGCCGCCCCCGAGCUCACCGUGAGUGUGCCCAUCGCAUCGGGUGAAUCCGACGUGGAGUUUCCCGAAGAAGAGGAGGAAGAAGAACAGACCUCAGAUGAAGAAGAGGAGAAUCAGGGGGACGACAUCAGCCUGUCAGAGGGAAGUACUGUGGACCUCAGGCCAUCAGAGGAGGAGGAAGAGUGUUCAGAAACGGCUGAAGAGCAAAUGGACCCUGACGAAUGCUUCCCCGAAGGCUGGGUGAAGCACUUCGGAUUCUGUGAAGUGGACACCACGCAGGGCUGCGGCAAGGUCUGGUGGACAUUCCGGAAGACCUGCUACCAGAUAGUGGAGCACAGCUGGUUUGAGACCUUCAUCAUCUUCAUGAUUCUCCUCAGCAGCAGUGCCUUGGCAUUUGAGGACAUUUAUAUAGAGCAACGGAAAGUAAUAAAGGUCAUCUUGGAGUAUGCAGACAAGGUCUUCACUUACAUUUUCAUCGUGGAGAUGAUCCUCAAAUGGAUGGCCUACGGCUUUAAGACAUACUUCACCAACUACUGGUGCUGGCUAGAUUUCUUAAUCGUGGAUGUUUCUUUAAUAAGCCUUAUAGCUAAUGCACUUGGGUACUCGGACUUCGCUGCCAUCAAAACACUUAGGACCCUCAGAGCUCUCAGGCCGCUAAGAGCCUUGUCCAGGUUCGAAGGCAUGCGGGUGGUCGUGAACGCUCUGUUAGGCGCCAUCCCCUCCAUCAUGAACGUGUUGCUGGUCUGUCUGAUCUUCUGGUUGAUCUUCAGCAUCAUGGGGGUGAACCUCUUUGCAGGCAAAUUCGGCCGGUGCGUCAACAGAGAUGGGGAAAUAUACAACAUUUCAGUGGUCAACAAUAAGUCAGACUGUCUGGCGAUGAAUGACACACAGUACUACUGGACUAAGGUGAAGGUCAACUUUGACAAUGUCGGUGCUGGAUACCUUGCCCUCCUGCAAGUGGCCACUUUCAAAGGAUGGAUGGAUAUUAUGUAUGCAGCUGUGGACUCCCGGGCUGUGGAAGAGCAGCCUGUAUAUGAAAUCAACCUUUAUAUGUACUUGUAUUUUGUUAUCUUCAUCAUUUUUGGAUCAUUUUUCACCUUGAAUCUCUUCAUUGGUGUGAUCAUCGACAAUUUCAACCAGCAAAAAAAAAAGUUUGGAGGACAGGACAUCUUCAUGACUGAGGAGCAGAAGAAGUACUACAAUGCUAUGAAGAAGUUAGGGUCCAAGAAACCUCAGAAGCCAAUUCCCAGACCAACGAACAAGUUGCAAGGAUUUUUCUUCGACUUGGUAUCCAAGCAAGCCUUUGACAUCAUAAUCAUGAUGCUUAUUAACUUAAACAUGCUGACCAUGAUGGUGGAGAUUGACGAACAGCCAGAGGGCCUGACUGAAAUUCUCUACAAGAUCAACCUGGCCUUUGUUGUAAUUUUCACAGCCGAAUGCUUCAUGAAAAUUUUUGCCCUCCGCCACUACUUCUUCACAGUUGGCUGGAACAUCUUUGACUUUGUUGUGGUCAUCCUCUCCAUUGUAGGUAUUGUUCUUGCUGACAUUAUAGAGAAAUACUUUGUGUCGCCAACUCUUUUCAGAGUCAUCAGACUCGCGAGAAUUGGGCGUGUCCUCCGACUUAUACGAGGCGCCAAAGGAAUCAGAACCUUACUCUUUGCCUUAAUGAUGUCCCUGCCGGCCUUGUUCAACAUCGGCCUCCUGCUUUUCCUGGUAAUGUUUAUCUAUGCCAUCUUCGGUAUGUCCAAUUUUGCCUAUGUCAAGAAACAGGGCGGGAUUGACGACAUGUUCAACUUCGAGACGUUCGGGAACAGCAUGAUCUGCCUCUUCCAGAUCACAACAUCAGCUGGAUGGGAUGCCCUGCUCAAUCCCAUCCUGAACAAUUCUCCGGAGGAGUGUGAUCCCAAUAUCGUACACUCUGGCACCAAUGCCAAAGGGAAUUGUGGGAACCCUUCUGUGGGCAUUACAUUCUUUGUGUCCUACAUCAUCAUAUCUUUCCUCAUAGUGGUGAACAUGUACAUAGCCAUCAUCCUGGAGAACUUCAGCGUGGCUACAGAGGAGAGCACGGAGCCUUUGAGUGAGGACGAUUUUGAAAUGUUCUACGAAGUAUGGGAGAAGUUUGACCCAGAGGCCACGCAGUUCAUCGAGUACUCCAAGCUGUCCGACUUUGCUGACACUUUGUUGGAACCGCUGCGCAUCUCCAAGCCCAACAAAUUAAAACUCAUCUCAAUGGACCUACCCAUGGUCAGUGGGGACAAGAUCCACUGCCUGGAUAUCUUAUUCGCUUUAACCAAAAGGGUUUUGGGAGAGUCUGGGGAAAUGGAUGCUUUGAAGCAGCAGAUGGAAGAGAAGUUCAUGCUGACCAACCCGUCCAAGCGCUCUUAUGAGCCUAUAACCACAACGAUCCGCCGCAAGCAGGAAGAGCUGUCGGCUGUCGUUAUCCAAAGGGCGUACAGGAGGCAUCUGGUCCGGCGGCAGAUGAAACAGGCCUCUUUCUUUUACCGGCAGAUCAACACACCCUCUGCAGAGGAGGCCCCUGAAAAGGAAGGCCUCAUAGCCUCCAUGAUACAGGAACAUUAUGGAGCUGAGACAGGGAUGGUGGAGGCAUUGUCUUUGACUUCCUCACCACCAUCUUACGACAGUGUGACUAAGGCUCAUAUAGACCUUUUCCCUUUUCUAAUACCAGACUCCAAAAGCACUGACUUGAGUGAAAGCUUCCUUUAUCCUGACUUUGACCGUGAGACAUAUUUGUAGUACUGCUUAGAAUUUAUUUUAUUUUUUUUAUUUUUUUUUGGGUUUACUGAAUGUAACAGAUAUCAGACAACACUGACUAUAUCACGCUUAACCCUUGGUUGCCAGUCACAAGGUAUCGCCGAAGAAUAUAUAAUUACUUUUUCUUUUUUUAAAAAAAAACCUUCUUUGUUGGAGCACACAAAAGAAAACGUAUAUCAAAACGACAACCCCAACAACUUUCUCACCUUGCUUACAACAAAACAUGCUACAGGAUUAUUUGCACAGAAGACACCUGCAGGGUCACAAUAAUUAUAUCACCAAUGUAAUAAUCCUUUAUUAGACAAGGAACUACAAUUUAUCAAUAUCAACAAAAUAUGCCUGACUGUUUGCAUUCGUUAAAGGUCUUACUUAUAUUGGUGUGAUUCCUUAUGAUAACGUACAGCUUUAAGUCAUAGAAAAAAACAACAAAUGUAACGUAAUUCUGAUAGCAAAGUAUAACGCUUGUAUACGUUAUCAGUCUUUCAUAGGAGUAAUAUUAUAUUUGAUAUUUUUCUAUGUAAAAAGAAAAUGUCUCUUUUGCAAUUGGGAUAGUUUGCAAUAAAAGUGGAAUGUUACCACACUGUAACAUAUUAAAAAGGGCAGGUUUAAAACUUUUGAAAUAAAAAUACUGUACUUUUAGCUACAUUUUGGCAUUGUCGCACUUUGAGUUUACACGUAGUUUUAUGCCUAGCAUGUUUUAAUUUGUUUUAUUUUAUUUUCAUUAGCCAUAUUCCACUGAUAAGCAUGUGACAAUCAUUUUCAAUAAAAUUUUAAGGACAAAGGUUGACAGGAUCCAACCUAUUUCCCAAUAUGUAUGCCAGCUAAUGAAUUUAAGGGAAAAGAAAGACCUGCGUGUUCAUAUUCUAAUGUGCACGAAGGGACAGUUUUAUUUAUUAAUUAUUUAAGAUGUGUUUUUAUAUGCUUUGACUGUAUUGUGUAACGACAGUGCAAUUCAAGACCACUACUUCCAGAUGAUUAUCCUUGAGAAGCCCAGUGAGCAACACUGAUUUUAAUUAGCAAUAAUUAGCCAAAUUAUUUUUUAUCUGGAGACAUCCAGUCAGGUAUGCGACACUCUUGCAUUUUUACUGUUUUUACUUUUGCAGAAUUUUUUUUCAUCCAGUUUUGUAAAUUGCCCUCAUCAGCUAAGCGCUUGCACGUAUGUGAAAAGGGCUUCAUUUCAUAGCAAUAGCUUCAGCGUGUGCCUGGUAUCGAUUCCUUAUCGAGGUGCAACGUUAAGGAUGUUAUGUCCGUUUCUUUUAAGGGUUAAUACGGGUAUGGCUGUAUUUACAGUCUCGUUUUUUAAUGAGAUAAAUGGUGUCAGGUUUCAAAUUAUCUGUGUUUAAUUGUCCACGUUAACAAUUUAAAAGCAUGUGUAGCUUAAACUGGUGGUAAUACAAUGGGUAAUACAAUGAGAUAAAGGGAUAAAAAUAUAUUGACAUAUACAAAAUGUACAUUUCAUAGAUUCAGUCCAUUAUAAAUUCCAAUUAAUGUUCAAGGAUUAAUGUGUGUUCAAUGAGAAAAUAUUUUAAUGAGGUCAGUUUGACAUGGUGAUCCUAAAGCGUAGAGUUGUCUACAGUUCUACAAAAUUUUCAGGCACUUCAUUAAUUGUGCCAUUCAAACCUGUAAUUGGUUAACUUAUAGGUUGGUGUAUAUGUUGUAUAAAUACACAUUUAAUCUCUGAAAUACCACCACAAGAUACCUACA